UUAGAGAGUGUUUUUAGUGUGCCAGAGCACUAAACAUGGGACUGUGCUGCCCUCACGUCCUCCUGCUGCUCUUUCUGCAGGCUCUGCGAGCGUUGGCUGAAGGCUCAGAUGAACACCUGGUGUGUCUUUGUGAAGGCCCAAAAUGCCCUCAGGCCACAGAGUGCCACGGCUCUCGCUGCUUCUCCUCUGUUAUAGUCCUGAGCGACGGAAUUGUGUUUGAGCGCGGCUGUUUAAAUGAACCCAAUAAAGUCCAACUCCAUUGCUCCACACCUCCAUCUACCAAACAAGCCAUCGUCUGCUGCGCACAGGACAGAUGUAACAGCAACACCACCGUUAGCUUCCUGAAGUCUUUCCUGCCAUCAGCUCCAGAAGGUCAGCCAGUGCGAUAUCGCGUGGAGAUGUUUGCGCUCUUUGUACUGGGCCCUGUGGUGGUUCUGGUUCUGCUGUCUGUGGUGUCGGUGCUGGCCUGCAGGAGGCUCCACCACGGUCGACUUCAGAGGCUGCAGGAGUUUGAUCCUGAGCAGGGAGCCAUAGACGGCCUCAUCUCCUCCAACGUGGGGAACAGCACUUUAGCGGACCUCUUGGAUCAGUCGUGUACAUCAGGCAGCGGCUCAGGCCUUCCCUUCCUUGUUCAGAGAACUGUAGCCAGACAGACCAGUCUGCUGGAGUGUGUGGGUAAGGGCCGGUAUGGCGAGGUGUGGCGAGGCCAGUGGCAGGGCGAGAACGUGGCGGUGAAAAUCUUCUCCUCCAGAGAUGAAAAGUCUUGGUUCAGAGAAACGGAAAUCUACAGCACGGUGCUGCUGCGGCAUGAAAACAUACUUGAGUUCAUGGCGUCGGACAUGACUUCUCGUAACUCCAGCACCCAGCUGUGGCUGAUCACCCACUACCACGAGAACGGCUCGCUGUACGACUACCUGCAGCGGGUCGCCGUCGAGACGUCGGAGGGCCUGGCCAUGGCGGCGUCUGUGGCGUGCGGGCUGGUGCACCUGCACACAGAGAUCAUCGGCACGGAGGGAAAACCCGCCAUCGCACACCGAGACCUGAAGAGCAAAAACAUCCUGGUGACCAAGGAGCUGCGCUGCUGCAUCGCAGACUUAGGGCUGGCCGUGACCCACACGCAGGCAGACAACCUGCUGGAUGUGGGCAACAACCCCAAGGUUGGCACCAAGCGCUACAUGGCACCCGAAGUGUUGGAUGACAGCAUUCAGACGGACUGCUUCGAUGCCUACAAGCGGGUCGACAUAUGGGCCUUCGGACUGGUGCUGUGGGAGAUAGCGAGGCGGACGUACAGUAACGGUAUCGUAGAGGAGUACAAGCCUCCGUUUUACGAUCAGGUGCCAAACGAUCCGAGCUUCGAGGACAUGAAGAAGGUGGUGUGUGUGGAGCAGCAGAGACCCUUCAUUCCCAACCGCUGGUUCUCAGAUCCUACUCUCUCUGCUUUGGUGAAGCUGAUGAAGGAGUGCUGGUACCAGAACCCGUCUGCCCGACUCACAGCGCUCCGCAUCAAGAAGACCCUGGACAAGAUUCAGAGCUCUCUGGAGAAAGGCAAGGAGUCGUGAGAGGAAGAGGAGCCGUCUCGGGUGCAGGGAGACCUGAAGCUCCUCCUCUUUUAUUCUCUGUGGUUGCCUUCCACUGACUUCCCUCUGAUCGACUUGAAGAUGUACAGACAUCCAUCAGUUCCCACUCAUCUGACUGUUCGGGAGCAUUUCCAUUUCCAAUCUUUGGCCUUUUUCACACCAAAAACAAUUAUCCAGAUCUCAGCUUCGUGCUGCAGAAAGACAAUCAAAUGCUCUCCACUCACUUAGCUUUACAUGCCAACCGUCGCUAUAAAACCUUCUGUUACAAAAGGAAAAGAGCCAAUAAAAACAAAUUUGGGUUUUAAAUAUUUUCUUUUUUUAAAUACUAUAAUAUUUAUGUGUUGAACGGUCACUGCUGCCACACUACUGAGGAUAAAUGGAAGACGGGAGAGCUGGACUGAUGAGGAUGAACUCUCCUGUCGUCGUGUAGGAAUUUAUUUACUGGAAAAGAAAAAACACUACAGGCACAUUUUUAAAGCUGGUUUGUGUAGAAAUAGCACACUUUAAGUAUGAAUUUGUUUGCAUAUGAAACCAACAUAUCCUGCGUGUCUGUCGGAACAAAGACUCGGCACACGCAGAAAGGAAUCAAGUCAGACUUGUUUGUGUGAAAAGACGAACUUGGAUCUGUAUGUAUGUCUGUGUGUCUGCAGCACGCCGGAUCUGGUUCCAGUUCUGCUGCUUUGUUCAAGCCGAACAAUGAGAAUCAGAGAAUCCAACUUCAUGUGGAAACUUUUAUUGAAGAUUGGUUUCAACACAAAAAAGUGCUGGCUUUGCUUUAUUGAAAAAUGUUGCUUUUUUUAUAUGUAAUAAAACAUUAACUGCA